AGAAGCCGCGGGCGCCGGUUCUCCAACGAGCUUUUCUCCCCGACGUACCAGCCUCCCGGCGGGGUUGCCGUGGAGACAGAGCGUCCUGUGUGGAUGCGGCGAAACGCUGAGGCGCGGCCUUUGCUGUCUGGAGGGGACUCACGAGACCGGCGUCAAGAUGAUGCUUUCAAGGGCCAAACCUGCUGUAGGCAGAGGCGUACAGCCCACUGACAAAAGAAAGAAGAAAGGUAGGAAGAUUCCAAAACUAGAGGAGCUACUUUCAAAAAGAGAUUUCACUGGAGCUAUUACCCUAUUGGAGUUCAAACGUCAUGUUGGGGAAGAAGAAGAGGAUACUAAUUUGUGGAUUGGAUAUUGUGCCUUUCACCUGGGUGACUACAAGAGAGCUCUGGAGGAAUAUGAAAACGCUACAAAAGAGGAAAAUUGUAAUUCUGAAGUCUGGGUGAACCUAGCUUGCACCUACUUCUUUCUUGGGAUGUAUAAACAAGCUGAAGCAGCUGGAUUUAAAGCUUCAAAAAGCCGACUCCAAAACCGCCUCCUCUUCCACUUGGCUCACAAGUUUAAUGAUGAGAAAAAAUUGAUGAGCUUUCAUCAAAAUCUUCAGGAUGUCACAGAAGAUCAACUCAGUUUGGCCUCAAUCCACUAUAUGCGAUCUCACUACCAAGAAGCUAUUGAUAUAUAUAAGCGAAUACUGCUAGAUAACAGGGAAUACCUUGCCCUCAAUGUUUACGUGGCCCUCUGCUACUACAAGUUGGAUUACUAUGAUGUGUCUCAAGAAGUUUUGGCUGUUUACCUUCAGCAAAUUCCUGAUAGUACCAUCGCACUCAAUCUUAAAGCCUGUAAUCAUUUUCGCCUUUACAAUGGCAGAGCAGCUGAGGUUCUUUCUGUGCAAUCUUUUUACUGCAAGUAUUACCACAUACUUUCUCUUACUCAGAUGGGCCAGUUUUACUAUUCUGCCAAAGCUUUUGAUGUCCUUGAGAGGCUGGAUCCCAACCCUGAAUAUUGGGAAGGCAAAAGGGGUGCCUGUGUGGGCAUUUUCCAGAUGAUCGUAGCUGGGAGAGAACCCAAAGAGACCCUUCGAGAAGUGCUCCAUUUACUGAGAAGCACAGGUAACACCCAAGUAGAAUACAUGAUCCGGAUCAUGAAGAAAUGGGCCAAAGAAAACAGAGUGCCCAUCUAAAAUAGCUCCAGCAUCCUAGGAACCAGCUUCUACUUUGGCAUGAAACUGGAAAUCGUUUUCACUCCAGUUUAAUCUGUGAUACAGGACUCUGUUUUAUUGACAUUUUCCAUCCUUGCUCUUUAAGCCUCAAGGUCAGAGACUGACCUGCUGAGACCUAGUCUCCUGGCUGAACAGAGUGCCAUAGUCUGUGACCCUGUAUGAUCCUACUAGCAAUAAGACUUUGGACUUAUCUGGUGCCUUUCUUCCAAAAAUGCUCAGAGUACUUUUAUAUAAUUUACUGACUUUAAGGAAAACAGUAUAACUUUUUUUUGUUAGUGUUUUUUGGCAUUGUCCCCUGGCUGCAAUAACAAACGUCUUUGAUGUUCAA